CGCCCCCGCCGCCCGCCGCCCGCUCGCCCCGCCCCCGCCGCCCGCCGCCCGCUCGCCCUGAGCAGGUCUUCGCCCGCCCCCGCGCGCUCCGCCCUCGCCCUCCGCCCCCGGAGUUAGCCGCGCUCGGCCUCCCGCGCCGGGCGGGCUCCGCCCGAGGCUCCGGGGCCCAUGGCCAAGCGGCGUGCGGCCGAGCCGCUAACGUUCCACGUGCCUUGGAAGCGGCUCCUGCUCUGCGACUUCCCCGAGGAGCCGCCGCCGCUCUGGAUCCCGCCGCCGGGGGCCUCCCAUCCCGGGCAGCCAGUCGGCGCGCCGGAGCUGCCCCGAAAGCGCAAAAUCGACGCGGGGGCUAUGACUGAGCCUUCAGCUUCGCCCAGCAAGCGCCGCGACGGCCGGGACAGCAGCGUUCCGGGCGGCGUGCAGCGUGAGGGCCGAGGCCUGGAGACGGGCGAGCCGCCGCAGCAGCUGCCUCCCGUGCGGCCCCGCGGGCCAGGGGAGGAGCCCCGGGGCGCCCGGCCCCCGAGGGGCGGUGGCGACGACGGGGCGGGGCGCACAGAGCCCCGGCGGGGAGACUGGGGGGCAGCGCCGCGCCAGCUCAAUGAAGAAUUUUGGCAGUAUAACACCUUCCAGUACUGGAGGAAUCCUUUACCACCUAUUGAUCUGGCAGACAUCGAAGAUGUAGUUGAAGACAACCCGCCAGAAGCAACGCUUCAGGGCAAGGAUGAAGUGGUUGAGAUUGACAUGGAGUCCUGACAGAAGGAACUGAAGAAUAGGUUUCUCUGAAUUUGAGGAGGCACCUCUUAAGUGAAUUCACAUAUUCUUAAGGAAAAAAGUUAUUUUCCAUACUUGAUGUGAUACCAUUCCCAAACCUGAAAAAUGAGGAAAAGUUGUUUUAAAGAUAAAUGCCUACAGUCAAUACUGAAACUUUCAAAAGGGAUUUGUCAAGGAUGUAGUGCAGUUACAGGGGAAGUGUUUUAUAUAUGUACUCUUAAAGAAAAAUUUAUGUUUAGACUCAGUUUGAAAAUACUGAUCUUAUAAAAAGGAAUUCUGGCAGUUUUAGAAAUAGGUGGGGAACACUCAACUAUUCCUCUUCUCUGUACCAAAAAGUUAAUUUGUGGUACAUGAAAUGAAUAUUGUUUUAUAAUAACUCUUAUUAAUAAAAUGCUUUCUAGUACAUUGUAUUGACUCUUCUUAGUUGAAUAGAUAGCUGACUUAAACAUCUAUGCAAACUUAAAAUGUAGGGGGUUAAAGGUGGUAUAGUUUUAAAAGAACUUUCUAAAUGUAAAGUAGUGAGAAUUUCAUUUGGGUAGCAUGUUUGCAUAGUUUCCAAUGUUUGAUAUUUUUUGGGGAAUCCUAAAUGGGUAAAGAACAAUGAGGAGCAAAUAGGUGCUUCCCUCCCCGUUUUCUUAGGAUGAAAAGAAAGAAAUUUAGUUGUAUUUCUUAAUUUCUUGGUUUUGAAUUGUUUUGACGGCAUGGUUUUUAUUGCUUUUUACUUAAGACUUGUUCUCAACACAGACAACACUUCAGAAAUCCUUGCCUGAGCCCCACUGGAGAGAUUCCCAUUUAAUUGAGAUGGGCCUUGGUUAUAGCUAUUUUUUUAAGCACCAGUCCUCCUUUUCCCCAAUCCUAAUGUGCAGACAACUUUGAGAACCACCAGACUAAUGGUAGUUUUUCCUAUUUAAAGGAGAUAACUAAUUUGAGAUGAAGCAACUCCUCUUAAUUAGCUUUGUUUUUAUUUCGCUCUUUCGAUGGCUUUGUUACAACUUAAAUUAUUGUGUUAUUACUAUUUCAUUGUUAAAAAAUAAAGUAAGCAGUUUGUGUUUGAGUUGAGUAUCAAUGAUUAAGUUAAUUAACUUUUGUACUACAUCUAGAAUGUUGGCUUUGUAAUCGAGUAACUUGUCCUUGUAUAUUUUUUGUUAAUGACAGUAGAUCCAAAAUUCAGAAAGGGUGAUAAAUGCCAAUGAGAGAGAAAAAAAGCCCAAUGUUUCUUAUAUAUCUGUAGGAUUUAAAUAUGGGUUGACAUUAAUGAGAAUAUUCUAGAACAAAAGACAUGUACUAUGGUUAAGAAGGCUUUGGUGUCAGACAUGAUUCAAAGGCUUGUACUGCCACUUUCUACCUAUGUAACAUUAAGCAAGUUAUUUUUCAUCUUCAAGCCCCAGGUUCCUUAAUUGUAAAAUGAGAAACAAUAAAUAGUAUCUACCUCA